CCGAUCAGUAACCGAGUACCGAGUGAUAGAAGUGAUCGAACAUGAUAGGCAAGAGAUUAGACGUGUUACUGCUGUUGCUGCUGCUGCUCACCGCGUGCCUUAUCGUCAUCGUGACCAACGCCUCGCCACUGCCUGAUAGCAAUGAUGUGGCAACGUUGGAACAGCAUGGUUUUACGCCAGCAACCGAACUAGCAGCUGGUUCCGUGGACCACGAUCGUUGCUGCCUCGGGGCGAUAAAGCCAAUCGUGCUGACCGCGAAACCCAGAUACAAGUACGUGGUAGUGCCACCCCUCAGCAUAAACUGAAACCCGUGGAGCGGUGAAGUCAGUGUAGGACGCCAUCUUGUGCCGAGUGUGAAGACAAAGAGAGUGAAGAGCAAAUAGACGAACUGGCGAGCUCAUUUCUGA